AUGAAAUCGCUUUACGUGAAGGACUCUUGUAUUUUGAUGCUGCCCAUGGCUGUGGAGGCCGCGUUUGACGCGCAGGCGCGCCUCGAGCGGCAACUAGCGGAAUCGCAGGCGAGGUGCGCGGAGCUGCAGGAAGCCGAGCGCAAGGCCUCCGCGGCCGCCGCCGCCGCCGCUGCCGCCAGACUCGAGGCGGCCGAGCACGUGGCAGCGGCGGCGGCGAUGGCCUUCGGCAACGACGACGGCAGCGGCCGCCCCAGGAGCAUGGAGCGGCUCCUGAAGGCGGCGGAGGCGGCGGCGGCGGCGGCGGCGGCGAAGGAAAGGGAGGGCGGCGGCGCGAUGGCCGGCUCUGCUGCCGCCGCCACCACCUCGGAAGAUGAAUCGGUCGCCGGCGACAGUCUCUCCUCCGGCGACGACGGCGGAGUCAGCGACGACGGUGGUAGCGCGAUCGACGGAGACCUGGAGAGAGGGGGGAGCGUAGAGGUUUUGGCCAAGACGCCUUCUCUAAGUAACGGCGGCGGCGUCGGGUUCGAGCUUCCCGAGAAGGUUGUUCGCGCCUUCGGCGACGGCGGCGGCGCAGCCCCCCCCGGGGGCGACGGUCAAGACGUGCUCAGCAGGAGGAGGAAGAGCCGGGAGAGGGCGCGCGCGAUGGGGAUGCUUGCAAAGGGCAACAACAGCAACAGCCGGAACCAGGGCGGCGGCAUCCAGCAGCGGGGAGAGAACCCGAACGGCGACGGCAGAGGGGGGGGCGUGGGCGCGGCGGCGGCGGUGGUGGACGGGGGCGGGGGGAGGGGUUCCGCGGACUCGCAGAUGUUGCUGUCGACCCUCCUGCGGGAGGCCCAGGCAAAGGAGAAGGCCAUGCUGAGGGAGAUGGAGGAAAUGCGAGCGAGGGAGCAGACGAUGCGCGGGGAGCUGGUGAACGGCCUGGCCGGCGCCCGCAAGAUUUUCGCCCAGCUCAAGCAAGGGAAGCAGCGCGAGCAGGAGCUUCGCGCGACGAACUCGAUCCUCCAAGCCAAGAUCGCGUCCUCCUCCUCCUCCUCCUCGACCGGUGAAGAGGAGAGACAAGGGGGUGGGGCGGCCGCUCCCCGGACCCCCGAGAAGGCUCCGUCCUCUUCCAAGAACGGCGCGGCAGCGACGGCUCCAACCUCAGGAAGCGAUCGCCAGCCCGGCGCAAGCAUGCCCCCCUCCUACUCCUCCGUCACUUCCGCCACCCCCUUCUCGGGCGCUGCUGGUACCGGUGCCGGCACCGACGGUGGCGGCGGCGGUGGCGGCGGCGGUGGCGGCGGUGGCGGCAUCGCCGCAUCGUCUUCCUCUCGUUCGGCGUCUCCGCCCCCGGCCACGACCACGACCAAGCCGCGUGGUGCGGUGCCGUUUAAGCCGUUCGCAACCAGACCCCCCACCGCGGCAACAGCUGCGACGGCCGCGGCGGCAGGCAAUGGUGGUGAGAUGGUGGUCAACGGAGCAGACGACACCCAGAGGCAGCCGGCGGCGGCGGUGGCGGCAACGGCGGGGUUAGGCAGGCAUGACGAUGGCGGCGGCGGCGACUUAAUGGCAUCGGCGACCCUCGUGAAGGACAAGGUGGGGACGGUUAGCGACGAACCGUCGUCUGAGGUGCCGUUGGCGGCGGCGGCGGCGGCGGCGGCGAUGGCGGGGGCAAAGCCAGAGGGCGGCAGCGGCAGCGGCAGCGGCGGCAGUUCCGGCAAUCCUCUGCAGAGUCAAGAGUCGCGGCGGGAGAUCGUGGAGUGGGAGCGACGGGUGUCGCAGGUGCUGUCCAUCGACAGCAUCCCCCGCCACGCGCUGGACUCCACGGGGGAUUCCUUGGCGUCUCCCGAAGACCCCGCCGCCGUCGCCGGUUCUGGCGCAGCGGCCGACGAGUUCGCGCAGCAACAAAAGAAGAAUCUCGGAGCUGCGGACAACAACGGAGCAGAAGAUGGAAGGGACGAGCGCUCUCGGGGCGGCGAUCCCCCGGCAGCGGCGGCGGCGGCGGCGGAAACCGCCGCCGCAGCCGUUGCGCCGGCCGCUGGGGGCAACGAGAAGAGCAGCAGCAAGAACGAUGUGCCACGGGGCUCGCCGCCGGAGGCGGGCGGAGGGCUGGGGGUAAGAGAAGCAGAGCGGGCGGCGGCGGCGCUCAAGAGGGAGAACAGCGGCGGUGGGGCCAGCAGCGGCGGGAACGAGAGCAUUGGCUCCAAGGGCAGGAAGUCGAAGGGGCACAGGAGGAGAAGUGGCGAGGGCGGGGGCGGCAGGGACCGUGAUGGGAAGGAGAGGGUCAGCCAGGAUCUCAAGAAGGAGCGCCAGCUUCGCAAGCAAUACCAGGAAGAAAAAUCCACCGCGGAGGCCGAGAUAGCUCGCCUCAAAGCUGCGCUCGAUGCGGCCACCACGACAACAACGGCCGUUGCGGCCACGUCAGCUGCGACGAGAGCGCUCCCCGCCGCCGACAAGAAGCUGGCGGCGGUCGGAGAAGCCGAGAACGCCGGCGGGGGCGGCGGGGGCGGCGGCGGGGGGCGGAGGUCGUCUGGCGGGCGGCGGGAGUUCCCCCCGGCGUUCGUAGUCUCUAAUGUCUCAGGGGUGUCGACGGCGUCGAUGUCGACGAUGGGCUCGACGGGCGGUGCUGGUGCUGGCGCUGGCGCCGGCGUGGCCUCGAGGAGAAAUAGCGGCCGCGACAAUGGGGUCAUCGGCAGCGGCAGCGGCAGCGGCGGCGGCGGCUGCGGCGGCGGCGGCGGCGGGGUGGAAGAGGUGCUUUCGUACACGGGUCCCGGAGGGGGAGGAGAUGCGUCGUCGUCGGAGAAGAGCAGCAGGCGGUCGACGCUGGUGGAGGCGGUUGGGUUCGCGGCGGCGGCGGCGGACGGGCAGCAGCAGCGGCAGCAGCAGCGGCAGCGGCGGCCGAAGGGAAAGGGCUCGGAGGAGGAGCGGCCGGCUCUGCAGCACGCGGUGCCCAUGUCCUCCGCCGCGGCUAUGUUCGCAGCCUACCCGCUCCCCAUGGGCCUGGCGGCGGGGGUGCCCGGACACAACUCCACGGUGGCGAGGGAGGCCGCUUCCAUGGCCUCCAAGUUCGCGGCUGAGCCCGACGGCGGGGACCGUGCCGCCCUCGCCAUCCUGUUUCGGAGCUGCCAUGGUCUUCGGUGGCUGAGGAGGGCCGGGUGGGACGGGGACUCUGACGGGAGGCACGGGGUGGCGUGGACGGCGGAGAACGCGAGGGUGUUGAAGCUUGAGCUCGGGAACAACCGGCUCGAGGGGUACAUUCCGAAGGAGUUGGGCGUGAUGUCACGACUGCUCUGCCUCCGGCUGGACCACAAUCAGCUCAUGGGGCUCAUUCCGCCCGAGAUUGGACUCCUGGUCACCCUCCAGCAGCUGGAGCUGCAGGGCAACGCGCUGACAGGGAUCAUACCGAGGGAGCUCGGCGGCUUGGUCAACCUGCAGUACCUCGGACUGCACGAUAACCAGCUCUUGGGGGAAAUCCCGGGAGAGCUUGGCCGGCUGUCCAAGCUCAAGCACCUUGCCUUGUGCAACAACCGCCUGUCAGGGAACAUCCCACGGGAGCUGGGGGGGUUGCGCUUGCUGGAGCAGCUGUACCUCAACCACAACACGCUCUCGGGACCCAUCCCCGUCGACCUGUGCAGAUUGUCCAACCUCCACAAGCUGAGGCUGGAGAACAACACCCUGCAAGGCUCGAUUCCGAUGGAGCUAGGUAUGCUGACGAAGUUGCAGUACAUCAACCUGGGCUACAACGGUGUGGGCAACGAUCUCACAGGGGAAAUCCCUAUCAAGGCCUUCGCGAAAAUGCCGAACUUGGCCUGGCUCUCCAUAACCGACAACCCGCGGUUAACCGUACAGCAAAAGUAGUAUCUACAAUGGUAGCGAGUUUUUUAGUCCCCCCUGGUGAACACGGCCAUUUGGACCUACCAUUCUGGGGGCUUACUAUUUAUACCUUGUUUUUCGACCGUUCAUCCCCUGGUGAACACGGCCAUUUGGACCUACCAUUCUGGGGGCUUACUAUUUAUACCUUGUUUUUCGACCGUUCAUCCACCAUGUGGUGGGUAGGGCGGCAGGUAUUACAAUAGCACUCUUUUCAGUCAACGGAAAUGCAGAGGUUUUUCCAUGACAAAAGGGGAGCGAGAUAGAUAUCAGCUCGGGAGCACACGAAUUGUUUUUUGUCGUUUACCCGUUGCAAGCUCACCGUACUUUUACGACUCGGGCGUGACUUGUUUGCUUGGCUGGCUUUCUCUCGCGCUCUCUCUUUGUACAGCAUUUCUUCAUUCUUUGUUCCGCUCGAGGGAGACGAUAGUCGUCGCUUCCGUUGUGCUGAAAAAUCCCUGUCCGUAACCAUACAACAUCUGAGUGUAUUUUGCCUCGGCUCCCUCCCCCCGUCACCCCUCCCCGUCCGUUGAUUGUUUAUAUUUUCAUACAUGUUGUUGUUCUUGUUGUUGGCGGUGGUCUUUGUUUCCCAUUCAGGUGUUGCCAUAUAUAUGCAUACACACCCGCAUGCUUUAUAUGCAUACACACCCGCAUGCUUUAUCGCAUCGCCGUUUCGCUGUAGAACAGCAUUGACUGGCGUUUUCUGGGGCUAAAGACCCCCCCCUUUGGGCGAAUCAUUGAUGACGUCGGAUAGUACACGUAUUAUACGUCGUAGGCGUUUUGCACGCCGGGAGACGAGAGGGGUUGGGCCUAUUGUGUGUGUGGGGGGGGGGCUAUGUAGGCUCGCCCCGCACACUCCGGACUUUUAUGAGUGAGUCGGGGCUAACACUUGAUGUCUCACAACGCAAGAACUGGAUAUUAUCUUGGAGGGUGGGGUUCUCGUUUAGUUUGCACAUGGGAUGCGGCAAAAAAGUGGUUUUGACAUUUUUCAAAGAGCAGCGAAAUUGAUUGCGGCUGUGCCCGCAAAAUUUUCGAGGGUGUCUGUCGAGGACAGGGGAGAGCGAUGAGGUAGUUCCAAACGGACUGGACAGCCGUCAGACGGCAGCAGCUAGUUCUAGAACCAAGACCCUGCUGGCGUCGGCACUGCUUGGCGCAGGGGUUCGAUUCGUCAUGAUGAGCGACGCUGCUGCCGCCAUAGUAGUAAAUAGUGAUACGACACGUGUAUUUCAAAUGUUUUUUGUGACGGCGCACGCGCGUGGGUUGGCUCUCUCUCUCUCUCUCUCUCUCUCUCUCGCUCUCGCUCUCUUUUCUCGCUCUCUUCUCCCCUUGUGUCUCUCCCGGUACUACAGUACUAUCUAUCUAUGUGGAACGUGAAAGAUGAUGCUGGUGUCGUGACUUGUUGAAAUAUCGGCGAUGUUUGUCCCCUCUCGCUGAAGGAGAGUGUCGAAAAUAUCACGUACGUACGCCGUUUAGGUGUUGAUAGAAAAUCUCCCGCGUGUACCGUACGUCGGGUCUUUUUGCCGGUCUUUCUUUGUACCCUGAUUUAUUUUCUCGUUUGCGUUGAUUUGUUGUCGCGGAGUGUUUACCGUCGAUGUCUGCGUCGUCCUUGUAUGCGUAGUGUAUGACUUUGCUGCUGCCGUCCAACGGACCCCAGUCUGUACCAGGUAUUAUUAUUAUAUUUACGUACUAGUUUGCAUAAGAUAUUUGUUU